AUGGCACCGCUUCGCAAACGCCGCAGGGCGCCUACGAACCCCAUCGAGGCGGCGAACCGCAAGCCAGACGACCAGUUCAUCAAGGACCAUCUGCGCCCAAGCCCGGACUGGACAUUAUGGACGCACCCCGCGAGCGGCAAGCCCUACGCCCUCUCGCUCAAGUCGGCGCCGGCGCUCGCCCAGCACGAGCUGCAGGCCUGCUUCGACCUCGUCGAGCGCACCAGCGGGGCCGACUACCGGGCCUCCAGGGACGGGUGGAGGCCGCUGGCCAAGCUGAAGGAGAUGAGGAGCCCCGAGCUGCGCUACAUUGUCGUCAAGGAAGCCCCGGCGCCGGACGGCGGUGAUGAUGAUGAUGAUGAUGAUGAUGGCGAGAAGGCGAACGUGGAAGAAGGCAGGAUAUGCGGCUUCACGAGCCUGAUGCCGACCUUUGAGGAGGGCGAGGCCGUGGUCUACUGCUACGAGAUCCACCUCGUGGAAGAGCUGAGAGGGACCGGCAUGGGACGCGGGCUCAUGGACCACCUCGUCCGGGUGGCGGAGAGCAUCCCCGGCGUCGAAAAGGUGAUGCUGACGUGCUUCGUCGCCAACGCCGGCGCGCGCGCCUUCUACGAGCGGCUCGGGUUCGAGAGGGACGCCAUAUCGCCGCCGGAGCGGACGCUGCGGUCCGGCACCGUCUUCGUGCCGGACUAUCUCAUCAUGAGCAGGAGGGUGGUGCGCGGGCCUGCGAGGACGGAGACGAUGGGAAAGCGUGAUGCGGCAUGA